UUAUGAAGGCCAUAUUUCUAAUAUCGGUUAUUUGUCUAAUGGCAUUGUCUUCCCGGGCCACAAUUGUCCCAUGGGCAACCUCUCAACAUCCUUCAUCGUUUUUAUAUCGACCUCAUGGUGGCUUCCAUCCAUCCGGUCCCGUGUGUGGUGUUCUAAAUGGAUAUUAUAAAACCUUUUACAAUUUACAACAAUUUUUGGAUUACAAUAAAAAUGGUUAUGCCUUUACGUUUUACUGUACCGGUCCGUGUCCACCGGCUGUGCAUAAUGCCUGCCCAACGACAUUUGAUCCUGUGUGUGCUACAAAUUUGGUGGAAACUAAAACCUUCAGCAGUCCCUGUGCUGUGCAAGAGGAAACCUAUAGAACGGGCAUAACGUGGAUACAAAUUUCGACUGGUUUCUGUCAUGUGCCUCCGCCAGAGACAAGCUCUACAGCUGCGCCUGUAAUAACUCCUAGCACCCCGGAAGUUACUGAGGCUCCAGCUACAACCCCUGAAGUCACAACCCCUGAGGUAACUACGCCUGAGACCACAACUCCUGAGCCUACAACAGAGGAAACCACAACUCCCGAGGUAACCACUCCUGAGACCACAACUCCUGAGCCUUCCACAGAUGAAACCGCAACUCCCGAGGAUACAACCCCAGAGGUCACAACCCCAGAAGUGACCACCCCUGAAGUCACAACACCUGAACCCACAACUCCAGAGGCCAGCACCGACCCAACAACUGACGAUUCCCUACUUGAAAAUAACACCUCUGAUCCAAGCUUUGCUGUUGGAGCAUUGAAUGAAAUCUUAACCCCACCUGAAUCACAAUUCGAUCCUUCAUCUGCCUUCUAUUUCGCUCAAUUCUUGAGUGCCCUCCAGAGUUCACCCUUCAAAGGUUUGCCAAAUGGUUCGGUUCUUUCGUAUCGUAAUAAUGUUGGCAACGAUUAUGGUAUCUAUGCCGAAGGAAAUGUUUUCAACAAUGCGCCGCUUUAAGAACGUUUUGUAACCGAAAAAUUUAAUUUUCAGAAAAAAAUCCGGAUUAUUUAAUAAUUUUAUUUGAAUCCCCUUUACUACCUUUUCCUCAGAUUUUAAUUAACAAAAAAUUCAAAAUAAAUAAAGAUUCAAUAAUCAA